GAGAGAUAUUCAGUCCUGAGUGAAUGGACAUCACUGUCACAACUCUCUCGCUGUAAUUGGGUGAACUUGGGAUUUUCGAAGUAACACACUGAGAAGAUGAUGCUCCACUCUCUUCUCGGGAUCCUGUGCUUGAUCUCUGCAGUUUUCUGCGUGAGGCAGCCGUCUAAUGAUUACUGGGGUGAAUAUGGCCCGUACGGAGCUUGCAGCCGGACCUGCGGCACUGGAGUAGCAGUGAGAAGCAGGGUCUGCAACACUAUGAGGACGGAUGGUGGGCACAAUUGUGUGGGACCAUCAAAGUCCUACAAACUCUGUAACACACAGGAAUGCCCUGAUGGAUCUAGAGAUUUCCGUGAUGAACAGUGUUCUCAGUUUGACCGAAUGGAGUUCCAGGGAAAACGUUACACCUGGCAGCCGUACUAUGGAGCUUCAAACCCAUGUGAGCUGGUGUGUGUGCCCAGAGGAGAGAACUUCUACUACCGUCACAGACCCGCAGUGGCGGACGGCACACCGUGCUACGUGGGGCGCAGAGACAUCUGUGUGGAGGGAGUCUGCAGAGCGGUGAGCCAUGGGGAGAUUGUGGGUUUUGAGGAUCACUCUGCUCCAGUCACCUCGAGACAUGGUCCUGGAGCUGCUGCCCAUCUGGACACCUACAAAUACACAUACAGCACUUUUUCAGAGUGUUCGCUUCACUGUGGUGGUGGAGUGCAGACCCGUAGUGUCUACUGUAUUAAUGAUAGAACAUCAGCAAUGGUGGAUGAAUCUCACUGCACUGCACAAGGCCUCAGUAAACCAGCUUCCCAGAGGACCUGCAAUGACCAUCCCUGUGCCGAGUACAGUGUUGGUCCCUUUGGUGAUUGUUCUGUGACGUGUGGUGAGGGACAGCAGACACGAGAGGUGUUAUGUGUCGGGGGCAGAGGAGAGCGCAUCACUGAGCACCACUGCAGGGGUCUCACACGUCCACAUGACAUCAGAUCCUGUCGGAGACCAGCCUGCCACCAAGUUUUCGGAUACUACACCAAUGACUUCAGCCUGUGUUCUCAUAGCUGUGGAACUGGUACUCGCGAGCGCAGAGUGGUAUGCAUGGAUUUGGAUCACCAUCAAUAUCCAGAUGAAAGAUGUGCUGCUUUCUCCAGACCUCAUGCUGUGGAGAGCUGCAACACACAGCCCUGCCCUGGUGCACAAACGGUGCCCAGCAUACAGGACCCCAGUGAUUAUGAAAGCUCCUUGCGUGGAUUUGUGCCUUAUACCCACGAUGCAGCCUCAGUUCACAGACCAAGUGAUCCAUACCCUGCAGUGACAGGGCCGCAUUGUGCUCAGUCAUAUUAUGGCUGCUGUCCGGAUGGCCAUACUGCUGCCUCAGGGCCUCGUGGCGAAGGCUGUACUUACGAUGACUGUCAUAGGUCCAGAUACGGCUGCUGCACUGAUGGAGUAACAGCUGCUCAUGGUUUUGGAAGAGCAGGAUGUCCUGAUUUCCCCUCUAGAGAUUACAGUCCAGUCCGUCAGCCCUCUAGUAGCGUGUGCUCUUUUGCACGAGAUGUUGGGUCCUGUUAUGAAUGGACGUCUCGUUUCUACUUUGAUUCUUCCUCUGGCUCUUGCUCACAAUUCUGGUACGGCGGUUGCGAAGGGAACGGCAAUAACUUUAUCUCCAAUGAGGAAUGUGAGCAGACGUGUAAGACUUCUGCCAGAGGCCUUGCUCCAAGAGAACCAACAUACAGGAGAGGGAUCAACGGGAUCAGAGGAUAUAGACAGAGAUCCCGUGCAUAAUGGGUCACUGAAAUCCCACAACAAACAAAUCCAGCUUAUAUACAUGUAGACAAAACAAUUUAUUCAAGGUAUACGCAGUCAUUUGUGCUGGCAUUUUGGGUUUAAAUCAGCUAUCAACAAUCUGUCGGCAUUAUUUUUUAUAUGUAAAACUUUUUAAUGAGGAAAAUAAUAUAAUUGCCCCCUCAUGCUUUUUAUUGUACAUUCAGAGAAAUCACAUUCACAGUAUUUGUCAAACAUGACAGCGUCAAAAUAGCAAGUACAAUUUUCACACAUUCCAACCUCAAGAUUAAGAUGUUUCAUCAAUUUAAUGAAAAUAAAAUUGUUGCGGAAUUAUGUUUUAAUAUAAGCUUUCCUUUCUUCAUUCUGUGUUUCUAUAUCUGUACACUUUGUACUUCAAUUGUAUGGUCUUGCUAAGCCAUUAAAGUGUUAAU